CACGUGGCUAUAAACCUCUUCCUUGUUCAUCUUCAAAAGCCCUAAAGAUUAUUGCAAAGAUGUCAGAUACUUCAGAUUCCAUUAAAGCAGCUUGAUAAGCUUCAAGAGCCCAUGAUGAAAUGGUGAAGAAUCUUUUUGAAUUUUCAUGGCGGUUUUUAAGUAUGGGUUUGGCUUGCAGAUCCAAUUUCUCUGUAAUUCCCCUGUUUUACUGUUUCUCGAAGGUUCAGUUCAACACUGCUACUGCUGCUGCAAUUUAUCAUCAUGACAAGGGUAAAGCACCAAAGUGGAAGAAAUUGAAUUCAGAAGAUCUUGGGAUAACCAGUUCUAUGAUUUCAAAGCCCGCCCGGGUAGUUCUAAAUGGCCUUAAGAGUAAAGGACAUGAUGUUUACCUUGUUGGAGGCUGUGUAAGGGAUCUUAUUUUGAAGAGGACGCCAAAAGACUUUGAUGUACUUACUUCUGCAGAACUUAGAGAGGUUGUUCGGACUUUCUCAAGAUGUGAAAUUGUUGGAAGAAGGUUUCCUAUAUGUCACGUGCACGUUGGGAAUGAUAUGAUAGAGGUUUCGAGUUUUAGCACAUCUGCUCAACAUUCUCCUAGAACUGGUUCUGGAAAAUCCAAUGGCUCCUAUGACGAGGACAGUAUCCGUUACAAUAAUUGCUUGCAGCGUGAUUUCACUAUUAAUGGUUUGAUGUUUGAUCCGUAUGCCAAAGUUGUAUAUGACUAUCUCGGGGGAAUGGAAGACAUUAGAAAAGCCAAGGUACGGACGGUGUUUCAUGCUGGCACAUCUUUUCAAGAAGACUGUGCCCGGAUUCUUCGUGGAACAAGAAUUGCUGCGCGUUUAGGCUUCACAAUAUCUAAAGAAACAGCUCAUUUUUUAAGGAACCUUUCCUUCCUUGUACAAAGACUCCACAGGGGAAGAAUCUUGAUGGAAAUGAAUUACAUGUUAGCAUAUGGAUCAGCAGAAGCUUCUUUAAGAUUGUUGUGGAAAUUUGGGAUACUAGAAAUUCUUUUACCAAUUCAGGCAGCAUAUCUCGUUCACAGUGGUUUCAAGAGACGUGACGAAACGACUAACAUGCUGCUGUCUCUCUUCGGCAAUUUGGAUACUUUGUUGGCUCCAGAUAGACCUUGCAACAGCAGCUUAUGGUUAGCAAUCUUGGCUCUUCACAAAGCCCUUGCUGACCAACCUCGAUAUCCUUCAGUGGUUGCCGCGUUCAGCCUUGCUGUACACAAUGGUGGAGAUGUUCUAGAAGCUAUAAAAAUCACCCAGGAAGUCACAAAGCCACAUAACAGAAGCUUCUUCGAGCUACUGGAGCCAGAGGAACUGGACUCCCAAACCUUAUUGGAUGAAGUCAUGGAUCUUGAUUCGUCUAUCAAAGAAGCCUUGGGACAGAUGACUAAUGGGAAGUUCAUUUCUAAGGCUAUGGCAGCGUAUCCUCAGGCCCCACAUUCCGAUAUGGUAUUCAUACCGUUGCAGUUGUACCUAGAUGCAAGAAGAAUAUUCGAGUGUGUGAAAGAAAAUGUGCAGAAGGAAUUUGUGCCUAAGCAAGACAGUGAAAUUGAUUAUACCUCAUUAUCUUCAGGCUACCUUCCAGAAGUUAGACAUGUAUUUGCCAGGGUUGUUUUCGACACAGUCUUUCCAUUAAACCCAUCUCAAGAGUUGUAGUCCCUCUUGGAUUGGCUGUCUUUAAACUGAUAGACGUUAGAACGCAAAAGGAUGUUUUCAAAAAACUUUUCGUAUGUAGAACAUAAUAGCUAGAUGUAGUGAACACCAAUUUUGUACUAUUACAAGGUAGAAACAAAAUAAGAAUAAUAAUUGGGAGUUUGUUUCCCUUUUCUUGGUCAAAUGUGCCGGCUAUGCGAUGGAAUGUCCUUGUAGUUUGAUGCACUUACAGAUGGAGCAAGCACAGUAGCUGGAGAAGCACCAUUAGAGUUUGGCCUAAGAAAUUGAAAAAAUUAUAGGUAUGUGAUGUGUGUCUUUCAUAUGUUGGUUCUAAAAUGACUGAUGUAUAUAUUUUUAAGUGCAGGUGAUGAAAACUUACAAUCCAGCUAAAACUUUGACAGCAUCAUAAAUACCCCAUGAAAUGCGAAGAGGAAGGCAACGUGUAAACAUACCCCAUAACCCUAGCCUCUUUACUGCCUGUAGCAUGUGAAAGAAUAACAGCCAAGUCGGUAGCAGCCAUAAUUAGCCAUGUAUAUAUCAUUGGAUUUGUAUGGAACGGUUGCUCCUUUAGAGUUAUUGAGGAAAGAGACUAAGUUAUCUGCAGGAUGUGAGAUGACUGCGCAGAAAAUUCCUGCAAUGUAGCUUGACUCAAAGCUGAUCUGGCUUCGAGCACUCCUCUUUUGGGGUAGGCAUCACUUUCUUGUAUAUGAGCUCCACAUUGUUUUCAAAAGUAGCAAAUUUCAGAAAUGUAUCCACAGCAGGCAUUCUUUAUCUGAUGAGUAUUUGUCUUGCCUGCUGCCAGAAAUGUUAUGUUGGAUCUGAUUUUGUGGUUCUGUUUGGCAUUCAACUUUUGAGUUGAUUGGUGAUAUUCAGCAAAUGCUCUUGUUGUUUCUUCCGCUGCUCAACUUCUAAAGUUGAUUCUUAGUCCAUUCGCCAAGGACAAGUCUUCAAGCACUACAGAGGAGGAUACAGUUAUCUGCCCUAUUUGCUAAGCAGAUCCUGCAAUUCUGUUUUUUGCUCUGCCUUGCUAGCACAGGUAUGGUAAUUUUCUGAAAAAAAGUUGGAUCAGAAUAGGGUGAUUACCUCUCUCCCCCAGAUGUGUAGUAUAACUAAUUCUACGAGAAACCAAGUAAUUGCACAUGAUUGCGUAUUUUGAGGAUAUGAAGUUAGACGAGAGAGCAGUAAUGUCAUUGGCAGAAAAAUACCAUACCUUGUUGUUACUUGCGCUGAAAAGAAUGACUUGUGGCAGGGAGUGUUACUUACUACUGCAUAAGAACAGACUCAGCCUUCAUGCCUACUAGGAUGCAGACUGUUUCUACCAACGCCUACAUAAUCUACUACCUUGUAAGUCAUCCCGUAUGUUACAGGAUAAACCGGUUAAGAACCUGGUUUAGGCUAUCUAAUUUUGUGGUUUAGUUAAUUAUGAUCUCUGGUUUACUUAUUUCAUCUUUCUCGCUUCUAUAUGUACGGCAUUAGUCGCA